ACCGCGACGUUCUACAGCCAAUCGGAACAUUGUUAUUCCUUUGGAUAACGCGGAUCGUAAGAUAAAGGAUUUAGCUAACACAAACUAACACAAAGAACGCUCUUUUCACGUCGCAAAUUUAGGAUAGCGACACGAUGCAGUUCGUUUGAUCGUCCUUCGUCUUGCUCGACUUGCCUUUUUGCGGAAAUGAGUCGCCCCGACUGCGAGGAUACAAGACAUGGGUAACGUCGCGCUAACUAGCGUUAGCAUCUAACGGCUACUUCCUGUCGUUUCCUGGAGGCCACGACCAACCCGCAUCCUACUCAGUCCUCAUAAAGGAUGUGAAUUCCGUCAAGAGUUGUCUCAUACAAUUGCGCUACCAACGACGCUUAUCCAGCGUGUUGAAUCGAGUGUGAGUGGGUACGUUGAAAUUUCUCGUCAUCGUGUUUGCGGGCUACCUAGCCUGGUAGCUCUUUUGGCUAGCUCGCCAGCAUGAGUGAAUUGACGGAUAGCAAGCAGAGCGCCAACUCCGAAUCGAGGAAAAGGUGUCCGUCACCGGAUCGGGAUUCUGUUCCCAACAAGUCCUCGAAAGCGGAUGACGCGUGUAAUGAAGUGCCGGAUGCCUCGGAGAGAUUCAAAAACGGGGAGAGCACCGAAGCCGCUGGGCAAGAGAGACAUUCUAAGCAUGAAGAGGAAGCAGAAACUUCGCAAACUGCACACAGUCCCGCUUCUGCACCUGUCAACAACUCCAAUUCUGAUGAGCACCAAUCCAAGGAAACCCAGCCAUACAAGGCGCACAGAUAUGCUGAGGCGAAGAACGAUGCAGAUGCAUGCACAGGAGUCGAUCCUUGCAAUCUUAUGGACCAGUCUGAUUCUGACCCGGCAGCCAUAGCAGCUGCCGAAGCACUCGCCAGCCUCACAGGCGGAGACGGCGAAAACAGCCGAGAGACUCCGUGCUCGUCUAAAAGAGCCAAACACGCCAAGCAGGGGAGCAAAGUCAAUCACCGUGGGGACCAUCAGAUCCUCAGAGCUCAUUCUAAAACACGGGCAGCUGCUGCAGACAGCUCCACGUGCCUGCGCAGCACAGACAAAGAAGAUGCGGAUGAUACCGCAAACGCAGGUGAAGGUGACGAAUCCAUGUCUGGAUCUUCUUCCGCACCAAGUUCCUCUUUCCCGUCUGAGAACGAGGACAAUGAGGAUGGUGAGUGCGCCAUUGUGUCUGUUAAGAUGGCUCCCAAGAUGAGACAGUCAGUGGCUCUCCUGGCGCAGGUACAGAUGAAACUGGAAGCUAUCGAGAAGAAAAGCACCUGGUUCCACCAGCGCUUGGAGCUGAAGAUUGGCCGCAUGCGCCGGCCUCACCUCGAUCAACGUCGCGCCAUCACAAAAACUAUCCCCGGCUUCUGGGUGACGGCUCUACUGAACCACCCGCACCUCUCGGCUCACAUUGACGAGACAGAUGAGGAUGCUCUCAGCUACAUGACUGAUCUUGAAAUUGACACGUUGAAGAACCACAAAGUGGGUUUCCAGAUUCGCUUCCACUUCAGACGGAACCCGUACUUCCAGAACACCAUCAUCAUGAAAGAGCUGCACAUCGGACUGGGAGCAACUCCAACGUCCAUGUCCAACACCAUCCUGUGGAAUCACGGUCACAAAUUGACAGCGCAUAGCGAACCCAGGAAGAUGUCACACGGUGUCUACCAGACCUUUUUCAGCUGGUUUGAUGACCACAGCAACCCCGCGCAAGAUGAUGUUGCGCAGAUCCUGAAGGACGACCUUUACAGGGACCCUUUGAGGUACUACCUCACGCCACUCUGGCAGCCCAGAGAGAACGGCAGUGAUGGCGACGGCACCACAGCAGAUCGCAGUGGCAAUGACAAUGGCUACGACUGUGUAGUAAUCUCCGACUCAGACGAAGAAACUGCUGAGGCGGAACCUGGCCGCAGUGCUGGGGAGGAAGGGGAGCAGGAAAAACAAGAAGGAGAAGAAGAACAAGGAGGAGAAGGAGAGGAGCAAGAGGAGGAGGAAGAGGAGGAGGAGGAAGGACUGCUGAGUGCAGAUGAGAGCCAGGAAGAAGGUGAAAGUGGAGAAAUUGUUAUUGACGGCUCGGACGACAGCGAGCAGGAGGAUGAGGCGGCCUGAAAAAGGAAGUUAGGAAUGAUAGCGGGUAUGCCCCAACAUCUUUUGGAUGUUAGUUAUGUUAUGCACAAAAUGUCAUAUUUUUGUAAUGUACAAAAAUAUGAUCUAUAGAUGCUUUUUAAAUCAGGGUUAACUUAAUAAAGCCAAGGGAAGGUUACUUAUCAUUUUCUAGAAAAGUACACUGUACAAAAAGAUUGCUUUUGGAAAACAUUUUCGGCUGCCGACUUUUAGCAAAGCAAACAAAUGACGAGAAUCUCGCAGUCAUGGGAAGUAGUGUUUUACCUUUGGCUGUUCUUCCUCUUGUGAUGCAUUUGACUAUAUUGACCACAUUUCAGGAGCGCUUAGAUCUCAACCAAAAUGUGUUCUCAGGGAUGGGCCCACACUCGAUUACUCAAUUUGGGGCUGUGAGGACGAAAAUGUCUACUCUUCUGUAGUCAAAAGAAGCAUAUAUUGUUUUCAUAAGCUUAAAGACCCCCCCACCCCAACUACCCCUCGACAUGGCAAUGCAGCAAACAUGGCACAUACUGCCACUGUUGUUGUGUAGUUUGAUCAGUGUAUGUGGAAUUUUGUCUUUAGUAGAUUGACAUCAGCUUCAACAUUUUGUGUAAAAUUUUGCUUUUUUUGUGGAAUUUGACAUUUUUGGACAUUGUGGCACACUUAUGAGGAUGAUAGCAUCAGCAUUCAGAUUCUUGGGUGGCACAAUUAUGUAUUUUUAUGUUCUUCCCCUGUCGUUCUGCAGCCCUUUGUCACCCAAGUUGUGCUGCAUUUGAAAUCUCUUCUCUUGUACUGUUUUAUUGAUUUGAAAUGCUUAUCCAUAGAACAAUUCUCAAUGUUUGUCAAUGUAAUCAAAAAAAUGGCAAGAUGCUUCCAGGUGACAGGAAUUGAGUGAUACCGCUGACUUGGAGAGGUCAGCGUUGGUUUUUUUUUUCCCUUUUUAUUUCCCUCUCCUAAAUGAAUUAGCCAGUUCCUCAAUCAUCAUCUGUAUUUCCAUUGCAUCUAUUAUUGAAUUGAUUAACCAUUUUGAAAUUUAAAUUACAGCUGGCAUCAGAUAUCCCCAACAGCGGUUUGCCUCAUGUAAAGUCUUUCUUUUUUGAUUGACACCACAUGAUGGCAGUAGAGAAGGUGGCCAAAAUCAUCAUUCAAGCCUUUUACCUUGUUUUCCCAAUGGCUCUGCCUUGGUUAAAUUCCACGGGAGUGUUUGACCACCUCCGGCCGCUGGAGAACGCUUGAGAUUACUCGGAAGAUUAUGUGAUUUCAUGGUGAAUUAGUAUAUUUUGAAAGACUCAGAUUACCCGGAAGAUUGUGUGAUUUCAUGGUGAAUUGGUAUAUUUGAAAAGACUCAGACCAAGUUAACACGCCCAAAAUGUUACAUCCAGGAACUGUCAACUGUAUAUAAACCUGAGAAAGAAGCACAGUGUGGCAAGUGAACAAUAACGGAGUAUGGCGUUUCUUGACCUCAAUUGUGCCAAAGCACAUAUUUGACAUUAGAAAAAUCCCACACUUUUAUGUAUUUUUUUUUUUUUUGCAAAUCUAUUCUAAUUCUCUGUCAUCAUGUGCAUGGGUUACUUUCACAAAAGAUUUACAAAACAAAUAGAUUUUGCUCUUUUUGCCAAUGCAAUGUUAAUGGCGCAACAAAUUUGAAUUCUCAGGAGGUUUCCUGAAAAGUGAUGGUUUGGGGUAUGAGGAUCCUGCUCGAUGCCAGUGGUGCCUUGCGGUACGAGCUUAAUUAAUGCCGUUACCAUGCGCGUAACUGGAAAUGCUCAUUUUCCCCUUGAAAUGAGUAGAAAAGCCCUUGGACUAUUUUAGCCUCCCCAAAUUCAUUGCAGCUACUUAUGUGUAUGACCCUUCAACCAAGGCCAGUAUAAUACUAUUGCAUUAAAAUAAAAAAAGCACUCGGUAAUAUUAGUCGUUCUUUGCAGAGGAGAAAGACUCCCAAAUUAGGUCACUUGUAUCUGAAGGCACCACUGAAAUAAUGAUCUUGUCUCAAUAUAAAUGACUGGCACUUCAGAAUGGCAGCAAUGUUGUGCAACACUCACAGCAGUAGUUCACCAAUAGGCAUUUAAUUAUGAGCAUCUUGAAUUCACUAACAUUGCAUCAGUUUGUGUUCACGACACUAUUUUGAAAUCCCCCCCCUUGCGGUGUACCUUGUGUGCUUUUGUAGAACAUUGUAUACUUUUGUUGCUUUGGUUAUUUUUCAUUUCGUUUGGGAUGAGAUGUCCACCCUUUACCCUAAUAAAGUAGGAAGUUGUUUCA